AUGGCUGUAGAAGCAAUUGUGGGAAAUGGGGAGACCAUUCUGUUCUGGAAGGACAGGUGGCUGAAUGGCAAAACCAUGGCGGAGAUUGCACCUAACUUUAUACUUGCCAUUCCCAAGAGAAUAGUUAGAAGGCGAACUGUGGCUGAGGCCAUCAGUAACCAAAAAUGGGUGUCUGACAUCAAGGGCGCCUUAUCUGUCCAGGUUCUGGUGGAAUACCUCCAGUACGAAUCUGGACAAAUUGCUGUUCAAGAUGGGGAGCACUUGAUUCAUACUGAUGGGACUGGCUUAAUAUCAGUAGAUUUAGCUAGGAAAUGCCCCACCAGUGUCUUCAAGGGAAGCUUUCUUAAGGCAUGUGACCUGCCUCUUUUAAUACAGUUCUGUUUGUUCCAUAAUGGAUAUGCUGUGAAGGGAACCCUUCUAGUUGAUAAAAGGCUUCCCUCUGAGACAAUCUGUAUAAGACCAUCAAUGAUAAAAAUAUACGGUGAUAAAAAUUCAUCUGGAGAGAAGCCAUUUAACUCUUUGGAAAUAAUUACUACAAGCAACCGAACUAAAAGGACAUUGAUAUCAAGGUUCUUAAUUUCACUACUUCACUAUGGGCGGGUUCCAGCAGAGUAUUUUGUGGAGCUUCUAAGGAGGGCACUUGAAGAUGUCAAUAAAGCUCGUCACAAGCCUAGAGAUUCACUGGAAGUUGCAUUUAACCAUGCUGACCUGGAUGAUUCAAUGUCGGCACGAAUGAUUCUAUCUGGAAUUCAACCAGAAGAUGAGGCAUAUUUGCAAUUCCAGCUAGCUCUAAUGACUAAGGAGGAAAGAAAAGGACUCAAACAAGGAAGGAUCCCGAUUGAUGAAUGUUAUUAUCUAAUGGGCACAACAGAUCCGACGGGGACUCUGAAAAAGGACCAAGUUUGUGUUAUACUAAUAUCACGGAGAAAGACAGAACAAAAGAAGCCUCAGGAUUAUCCUGGAUCCAAAUUGGAACGCCUGUUAUUCCGCGAAUACUUGAGAGCUCGGUUUACACCCAGUUAUGUGCUGGGUGCAGCUGCAGAUUGUUGGUUGGCAUUUAUGGAUCAGCUCUUGACAGGCGACAUUCCUAAAAGCGAACGGAAAAUGAUAAAGAGGAAGAUGCUUGACUUGGUUGACAUUUAUUACUUGGCUUUGGAUGCUCCAAAGUCAGGAGAAAAGAUCACUGUUCCUGAAGAGCUAAUGGUCAAGCAAUACCCGCACUUCAUGGAACGGGGAAGAUAUCCUGACUACCAUUCAGCAUCCGUGCUGGGCAAAAUCUAUGAUGAAGUAACGUCACAAGAGUCUGAAGCUGGUCCUUCAAUCAUAUCUGAAGAUUACAAGCGUCGUUGGGCAGCUCUUUAUCAGGAGUACUUGAGGGAAAGCUCUAAACUUCAUAAGCUGGAGAAUAAGGCGGAAAGGAACACCAAUUUCCGCGAACUCUACCAAGAGUACAAGUGGAUGCUGUACAAGGCCGAGGAGUUUGAAUACAGCCCAAGGGAGCGCUUCGAUCUCUUCAACGAGGCCUGCGCGGUGUACCAGGUGGUGUACGAGCACGCCGUGCCCCGCAACGAGGUCAGCAAGUGCGGCUUCGCGUGGAAGGUGGCCGGCCGCGCGCUGUGCCAGCUGUACACGCUGAAGCACGGCGGCGACACCGUGCUCUGCUCCUUCUCGGUUCUUGAGGGCGCUUUCAAGAAGAACCGCGCGCCGUAG